AUGGGAGAAUUGAUUGGUCGAAAUUGCCUUUUAUCAGUCCCCCAUGAGUUUUUUGGUUAUAGAUUUGAAUCAAUCAUUGGGCGAGGCUCAUUUGCCGUCGUUGUUCUUGUUACAAGGAUUGCAGACGGCGAAAAAUUUGCAUGCAAAGUUAUUUCUCAAGAAUACCUCAUUGAGAAUAAGCUUGUAGAAUCAUUCAAACGAGAAGUUGAAAAUUUCGGAAAAUUAGACCACCCAAAUAUUCUGAGAUUAAUAGAUUUCCUUUCAGACGAAAAACUGAUUUACAUGAUCAUGACUCUCUGCGAUGCAGGUGAUCUGCACGGCUAUAUCGCUGAUCAUGGACCUUUUUCCGAAUAUCAAGCAAAAGCAAUUUUCAAACAGAUUAUUUCCGCCGUUGAUUACCUUCAUUCUCUUAACAUAGCCCACAGAGAUUUGAAACCGGAAAACAUUUUGCUCGAAAAAGACAUGACAGUUAAACUUGCAGACUUUGGUUUUUCAAGGGAAACUGUUGGCAACCAACUAAUGAAAACAAAAUGCGGCUCUCCUAUAUAUACUGCACCAGAAAUUAUUACCCAACCCGAAUAUGAUGGUAAAAUGGCAGAUAUGUGGUCAGUUGGCGUAAUUUUGUUUGUUAUGCUUACAGGAAAGAUUCCUUGGGAAUCUUCUACAAAUGAGACACAGCUUUUCUUCCAGAUUCGAACUGCACGCUUUCACAUUCCAGAAAAUAUUAAUCCAAUUGCUGCAAAAUUAAUUGGAGAACUCAUGGUCCCACAACCCGAAAUGAGAUGUACCGCAAAGGAGGUCUUGACCCAUCCGUGGAUUCAAGAUCAGACGAGAAAUUUCUGCUCAACUCACGUUGUUCAGAAUCGCCGUACUCUUCUUCAGGAGUCCGGACGACAAUCGGUUCGCGUAAUCCAUAAACGAAUCGGAGCUUCAAUGAGAAUGAAAGAUCCUCCAAUGACCAGGCGUGCAAGCGUGACUGAUGAAUCUUUUAUAUAG